CAAAAUUCUAAAGUUCUUGCAUGGUUAGUAAAAAUAUCGCUAAAUUCUCAGUAACUAACAUCUGCCAAUAUCUACCGCGUUUAAAAUAUAUUAAAAUGGGUAAAACUCGAAAGCCUUACGAAGAAAUCGGUGCUAUAUUUAAUGGAAAUGAGGUCAAAAUCAGAGUACCAAAGAGCAUAUCAAAACCCCCGAAACUGACGCCAUCCCAGCUGAAACUACAACAACAGUGUACUUGUGAAGAUGAUGAAUCCGUUUGUUCUGAGACAUGUGGAUUUCCUGGUGAAAGGGGUGGUCCGGGGAAUAGACUAAAUUUUCAGAUUCCAGACGACAUUUGCGAAUCUCUAACGAAUAGGACAGCAUUAAAUUCUGAAGUAGUGUAUAGUAAGAAAGAAGCUCAUGAUAACCUAUGUGGCGUUUGCAAUCUUACACCAAAAGACGCCCCAAAAGGUGUCCAGGCCCAAAAAGUUCUUCAUCCAGACAAAGAUGUUUUCAUCUUAAAAAUAGGCAAACAAACUGAUGAACCUAAUCGUACUGGCAAUAUAGAGGUAGAAUUAGUGACACCGAGAGCUCCUGCCAAAAUGAAACCAGCCACACACUCGUGCAAGCAAAUACAAUGUGAAGAAGAGAAUAUACCUUGUUGCGUUCCAUGUAAAACUUGCCGGGGAAUAGUCCCCAAAAAAAGGAAAGGAAGGCGAUCCAGGUGCUGCAUGUAAACAAAGAAUUACGUGACUUCAUUCUUUUUAUACUAGACAAUUAUAAUGAAUUGUUAUUUUUUAGGCUUCGAAACAUGUAGAAAAUUUUUAAAA